GGGUUUAUGGUGGAGAGCUCGAGCUCGUCGGGCCUGCGAAGCCACAGGAGCCUGCCAAACGAUCUCGUCCACCUCAACGACUACUGGCUGAAUUUGCAGACGCACAAGCAGAUCAGCCCCGGGAGCAGCAGCAGCAAUUACAGCAGCCGAUCCGAGUGGACUCAGAAUCAUCUCAUGCAGAUCGAUCACCACCACCACCACCACCACCACCGAGCUGCGCAGCAGGCAGCGAUUAACAACAACAACAACAACGUAAUUGACAACAACAUCAACAACAGGCAUCGAGUUUUCGAGGAGCUGAGGAAGCAGAGACUUGUUCUCGACUCCUCCUCGCACAGCACCCACGCAACGAUGCAACUCCUGGACCGGAUGAACAAUCGAAGAUCAAGCCCCGACUCCACUGACGAUGACGACGAUGAUGAUGGCAGUAACUUAUCACUGUCACUAACAAGUUCCCCCGCUGGCAUGAAGAACAAGGCAAAGCGGCGAAACGGGAAAUACAUUCGCAGGGGCAGCAGCAGCACUAGUAGCGGGCAGCCGGAUCAAAAUCGCGGGGAGCCGGUCAUAAGAUUGGAUCUCACGCUCUCCAUCGCCCACAAAUCACCGUGAUCAAUCAAUCAAUCAACAGCAAACUCAACUAAAGUUGGAAGCUAACUCGAACUGAAUAUUUUGCUAAUCUACUAUUCAUGAACCUAGUCACCUAGGGAUUUUUGGUU